CGGAGGAGACUCGUGCCACCAGGGCUCUUCAGACGUCAGCUCGUGCUCACCGGAGGAAAGGAAAUAAUGGUCAUUUAUAUCACCAUCCGUCUAUUGAUAAAGAGAUACUAAUACCUGGUAAUGAAUGGGGAACUGGGAAGAGUGGGAAUCUGCCUCACGCGCAACGACCCCGCUGGUUUGUACCGGGAAUUUACGAAAGAGAACUCACCGAGCGUUUGAUAUUAACCCGACCGUAACCGACCUAUUAUCUGCCGGUCUGACAUUAUUCCUAUCGCCGGUGAUCUGAGGGAAAACAAACACUCAAGAUGCCAUGUCAGGAAAACGGUAGCUGCCUCUUGUCAUUCAGCAACCUAGACAGCACACAGAGAAGGGGUUAUUGACAGGAAGUCUGUGUGUGACCUGCUGUCCUAAGCAAUCAUGUUCCGAAACAGCCUGAAGAUGCUGCUGGGAGGCAAAAGCCGUAAGAGCAACAACAGUGGUGGCAGUAGCAUUGAGCCAGAGGGGCCAGACGUCAGGAUGAUGGAGGGAUUCACUCGUUCGCUUCCAUCCUCUCCUCUCCUCAACCUUCGGCUGGGCAAAAGAACUGGUGAGGAUGAAGACUUAGGACCUCCUCCCUCUGUGGAUGAGGCCGCUGAUGCUCUGAUGACCAGGUUGGGCUUCCUGCUGGGGGACAAGAUAAACACUGGAGAGCCAGGGUCCCCUUACCAUGUCCAGCAUGAUGAACAGAGGAUCUCCCCCUCCUCCAGUCUGGCAAGUAGCAGCACCUCCCCUAGUUCCACACUGCAGCCUCCUGCUGGAGGAGAGGGCAACAACAACAAGCAUGCCUCCUCCAACCACGCCUCUGUCACCUCCCCCACCUCCACACUAGAAAGCAGAGACAGCGGCAUCAUAGCCACAUUGACAAGCUAUUCUGCAGAGUCGGCAGCAGAGCAGAGCAGCAGCACCAAAUACCCCGGUGAUGGUUACCAUGGGAGCAGCCUCAACCUCUGGCAGCAGGGGGGGCGGCCGGUGGUGGCCUCCACCUCCUCUUCCUGUAUGGUGGCAACGGGAAAUGCUAAGGACAGCUUUCUGUACAGGGUGGAUGAUAACAUGGCCGUGUCCACGUACAGCCUCAACAAACUCCACCCAGACCGAGGCCCUGGUGUCGCCCACUCCUCAGGCUCCACCCACUCCAUACCUCUAUACCUCAUGCCUCGCCCUAACUCAGUUGCGGCCACUAGUUCUGCCCACCUUGAAGAUCUAGCCUAUCUGGAUGAGCAGCAGAGACACAUUCCCUCAAGGACAUCCCUCAGAAUGCCCAGACAGAAUUCUGGGAGUUGUAGUCAACAGGACCACAGAGUUUGUUUCACUCCCUCUCUCAACCUGAAGCCCCUCCACUUUGAGGUUCCCGGUCUCUCUUCUGAUUGGCUGUUCACCGGUAGGGAGUGGCUCUUUCAGGAAGUGGAUGCCUGUCUCCGCAGAGAUGACCCAUCAACCAGUCGGGGGGUGGUGAUUGUCGGCAACAUGGGCUUUGGCAAAACAGCCAUCAUAGCCCGUCUGGUGGCGCUCAGUUGUCAUGGAAGCCGAAUGUGGCCAACCCCACCAGGCAGCCAGACCAUCCCUAAGCAUGUAGCACCUGUUUCUUUCUCCAACGAUUCCCUGGAAAGAGGGGAUGGAGGAGGAGGAGGAGGAGGAGGAAGCUGUCCAGGAACUCCAGAGAUGAGGAGGAGACAGGAGGAGGUGCUGAGGAAGCUCGCAGCACAGGUAGUUUCUUAUCAUUUCUGUCAGGCUGAUAACUGUCACACCUGUAUGGUUCCCGAGUUCGUCCACAAUAUGGCCGCGAUGCUAAGUGAUGCCCCUCAGCUGUUAGCCUAUCGGGAGCUGCUUCAUCAGUCACCACAGCUACAGAGCAUGCUAAGUCUGCGCUCCUGCAUCCAGGAUCCAAGCUCUGCCCUCCAGAGAGGAAUACUGGACCCACUGGACGCUCUCUACAGAGAGAGGAAGUUGCAUGUGGAAGGGGCGGGACUUAUUAUACUGAUUGACGGGUUAAACGAGGCAGAAUUCCACCGGCCGGAUUAUGGCGACACGCUGACCUCUUUCCUGUCCAAAAAUGUCCUGAAAUUUCCUUCGUGGUUGAAGGUCAUUACCACUGUCAGGACCAGUCAGCAGGACAGCACUUGUUCUCUACCUUUUCACCACAUCUCUCUAGACAAGAUGGAGGAGAACAGUGCCAUAGACCAGGACCUGCAGGGUUACCUGAUGCAGCGCAUCCACAACAGUGUUGAGAUCCAAAGCAAUGUGUCACUGAGCAAUGGUCGCCUUGACAACACAGCACUUACCAAAUUGGUCAGCCACCUGAAGAGCCUGAGCAGAGGCUCAUAUCUCUACCUGAAACUGACCCUAGACCUGAUAGAGAGAGGAUACCUGGUCCUAAAGAGCUCCAGCUUCAAGGUGGUUCCUGUGAGUCUAGCAGAGGUCUACCUGCUGCAGCUCAACAUGCGUUUUCCCACCCAAUCGUCUUUUCAGAGAGUUCUGCCACUGCUCAACAUCACUGUGGCAUCACUGCACCCACUGACAGACCAGCAGCUGUUUGAGGUGGUGAAUUCGGGCGCUUUGACUGGAGGAACACUUCGGUGGGCUGAGUUUGUGCAGCGGCUGGAGCAGCUCUCGUCUUUUCUGCUGAGGCGAAGCGACGGCAGCUGGAUGCUAAACCAUGCCUCCUUCAGAGAGUGGCUAGUUUGGAGAGAGGAGGGCCAGGACAACAGGUUCCUCUGUGACCCCAGGAGUGGUCACACUCUGCUGGCCUUCUGGCUCUGCAGACAGGGGGGGAAGCUAAAUCGACAGCAGACACUGGAGCUGGGACAUCACAUCCUGAAGGCUCACAUCUAUAAGGGUCUGAGUAAGAAGCUUGGGGUUUCCUCCUCAGUUCUGCAGGGGCUGUGGCUAUCCUACAGCACAGAGAACCUCAGCCCUGCUCUCUCUUCUCUACGCAACCUCUACACCCCUAACAUCAAGGUGAGCAGGUUGCUGAUAAUGGGUGGGGCUGAUGUGGAUUACCGUAGUGAUGUCCUCAACAAUGCCCCCCUGCUGUGUGUGCACUCCCACCUGGGCCACAAUGAUGCCGUGGUGCUGCUGCUUGACCACGGAGCUCAGGUGGACGCUCAGUCACAUGAUGGCAUGACUGCACUGGGAUUCGCUGCUGCUGCUGGACAUCUGGACAUCGUCAUCAUGCUAAGUCAACACGGAGCUAAGGUGGGUCAUGUGGACAGUGCAGGUCAGUGCGUGUUAGUGCACGCGGCUCAGCGAGGCCACCUUAAGGUGCUGCACUUCCUGUUGAAAAACACAGACUGGAGCUGCACUUCUUGCUGUAGCCAGAGGGGGGUGAACAAGAGCCAGGCGGUGCAGCAAGCUCUGAUUGCAGCAGCUAGCAUGGGCCACACAGAGAUUGUAUCAUACUUACUGGAUCUACCAGAGGAAGAUGAGGAAGAAGAAGAGAGACCAGAGAUCAACACAUUUGACAGUCUCUGGGGAGAGACAGCUCUAACAGCAGCAGCAGGAAGCGGUAGGCUGCCUGUAUGCAGGCUGUUGUUGGAUCAGGGGGCUGCUGUUGAGCAAGGCAACAGGCGGGGUGUGGCUCCACUCUUCAGUGCUGUGAGACGGGGUCACUGGCAGGUGGUGGAGUUGUUACUGAAUCACGGGGUGGAGGUGAACAUGGUUGACCAGCAGGGUCGAACAGCUCUAAUGACGGCAGCCUCAGAGGGACAUAUGCCCACCGCCCAGCUGCUGCUGGAUCACGGAGCCUCUCUGGACCAGACCGACAGGGAGGGGUUAACAGCGCUGAGCUGGGCAUGUCUAAAAGGACAGCUCCCAUUGGUCAAAGAACUGGUUAAGAGAGGUGCAUCCACAUCUCAUGCUGACCGCAGUGGGAGGACACCCCUGGAUCUGGCUGCCUUUCGUGGUGACCCAGAAGUGGUGCAAUACCUGGUCGAUCACGGCGCGUCGGUGGAGCACGUGGAUUGUAGUGGGAUGCGUCCUCUGGACCGAGCGGUCGGCUGCAGAAAUACUGCAGCAGUCAUCGCUCUGCUCAAAAAGGGAGCCAAGAUAGGACCAGCGACCUGGGCCAUGGCAACCUCUAAACCAGACAUCUUAAUGGUUCUGCUCAGUAAAGUGAUCCAAGAGGGUGACAAACUAUACAAGCAAGGUAAUGUGAGGGAAGCUGCUCACUCCUAUCAGUCAGCACUUCAGAAAUUUCCAGGAGAUGAGUUGAAAACGUUCAGACAGCUGAGAGUGUGUGUGCUGCUCAACCUGUCACGCUGCCGCCGCAAGAUGAACGAUUUUGGCCUUGCAGAGGAGUUUGCUACCAAAGCACUAGAGCUAAAAGCAAAAUCAUAUGAGGCCUUUUAUGCCAGAGCCCGGGCCAAACGUAGCCGCAGACAAUUCCAUGCAGCCCUGGAAGACCUAAUCGAGGCCAGCCGCCUGUGUCCAUCCAACCGGGAGAUCCAGCGUUUGCUGUCCCGGGUCAAGGAAGAGUGUCGGCAGGUUGCGCAACAACAAGACUCCCCAGCUCAUUCAUCACACCAUGUUCAUCAACAGAAUGUGUCCAUCAGCGAGGCCAGGUGCAGAGAUUUAGUUAGUCUGCAGGUGCAGGACAGGGAGGGGCUUACAGAGGAGGAGGAAGAAGAGAAGGAAGAGAGGAGGUGUUACACGGAAGGAGAUCCUCCUCCACACUCCUCCUCCUUUCACCCUCUACCUGCGGUUCAAAGUCUUGACACACACUGUCACCCUGGGGUGCCGUCCUCCCUUUUCUCCACUCACGUGUAUCAUUCUGUCCAUUCCCCCUCUUCCUCCUCACCCUGUCACUCUGCUCCUCCACCUCCUCCUUCCUCUUCCUAUCACCAUUUCAGCCCUCCUCCCUCCCCAAUAGAACAUCAGAAGCUAGCCAGUCCAGCGUCAGAAAGUAUCCCUGCAAUGUCAGGAACUGGAGGUCUACACCACUACCCACAGUCCAUCCCAGCCCUUCACCACUCAGACCAAAAACAGGGAGUGCAGCAGCACCACUAUCUGUCUGAUCAGAGAUCCUUCCAGAAGCAGAACCCUGUCCAAGGCCAGUGGCUCCAAUCAGCCAAAGCCCAGGUUGUCAGAACCAGUCAGCCCAGUUCCUCAUCUCACUCGAGCAUGGUUUUGGGAAGUUCUGCUUACUCACAGUUUGCCAAUCUGCCCCAAGAACUAGUCGAACUUGGGGAAGGAAUUUGCUCUAGUCCCCUAGAUUUCAGGCCUAGUCUGCAGGUCCAGGCUGGUCUGAAUUCCGGAGCUUCAUAUCCACUAGAUGAUGUUGAUGUUGACUUGGUCGAGUCAAGACCUGCAUCUGCCCAUGGGAGAGGAGCAGAAGGGGAAAGGGCAGGGAAAAACCGAUUUGCCCAGGCCCGCCAGUUCAGCCGCAACCAAUCCAAAGCAGCUUACUACCCCAUGGAAGUUACAGAGGCUACAAUGGGACCCCGUGAUAGCCCUCCAUCAUUGCAUGAUUAUCAAUAUCACCACCAGGGCGGGCUACGACACCCGCUGAGUGCCCACCCAAUCUCCUCCUCUGCCUCCUCCCCGAGGCCUCUCAUGCAGAGUGUCAGUGUCCGUUUCUCCACCAGCAGCAGCAGCCUCGCCAGUGGGCAGCCUGCUAAUCAUGACUCUGGCUUCAGGACCUCAGCCUCCACCCAGCACAUGGAUUUACCUUCAGAUCUGGCCUCUGUGGGAGGGGUUACUGGUUACCAUGAUGAUCUCUUUCUGAUCUCCUCUCCCCAGUCAGAAAUAUGCAUGUUAGGAGGUGGGACUUAUCCUGGAGAGGUGGGCCGAUCAUCUAGGGGCACUCCUUUUAUGGGAGUUAUUGACAAGACAGUGAGGGUGCACCAGCAGUAUCCUCAACAAGCCCCUUCCAGUUCCUCAUCCUGUCUCAGCCCCUCUCGCUCCUGGGCUGUGUCCUCAGUGGACAUGGUGGUCACCUCGCCUAGCAAAACCCCCACCAAUCAAGGAGGCUUCAGUCAACCACAGCCAUCCUCUAUUGCCUACCACAACCGUAGCAACAACAAUGCCCACAACGGUCACCUGCUCCAUGAUAACCAACUCGACUACUACGAGGUGCUGCCGGGCAGCGAUCUUCAGGGUGAAGGCUCACUGCAGGUUGGCAGUCACAAUACCUCCUACCUGGACGUGAAGCUGGCCCGAACACUGCCAGUGAUUCAUAGCUGCUCAGACAGACUGACUGAGAGAAAGACAGGACCUACCUCUCCUGUCAAACCAAAAAGACCCUUUGUCGAGUCCAAUGUAUAGAGACCAGUUUAAAUGUUAAGUCAUAGACAAGGAAGGAGGCUUAACGAGGAGUGCUUAUAAAGAAGUUGUUGUACCUGUGUAUUCCAAAAUUCACUGAGGCUAUAGAUUUAUUCAAGUCUGGCUAUGCUUGACCAAACUAUGUUGUUGCAUGUAGUUUGUAUGACAUGCAGUACAUACAAUAUUCGAAGGAGAUGCAAUAAUAGUUGUUGGUUGUACACUCUGUAGUACUCACAGAAAGUGAUUAAAGUAGUUUGUUUGUGUACUUCAUUUGACGCACAAAGAGAACUCAAGAAAUCCUGGCUGUGCUUUCACCUGGUGAGUUGCUGCGUGAAGUGGCACUCGGAUUGUUGGUCUUGGAAAGACUUCAUGUGAUGCACACUGUGCAGAAGAAGUACAAUAUGGAAAACAGGAACAGUUCCAGGUGAGGUUUGUCAGUUAACCAGAAGAAGCAACAACGAAGGGAAGGACUUGACUUUUCAUUCUGAAACAAGUGACAGCUCCUGGCAUCACAAAGCACAACGAGGAAGGGGAGGAAGGGGGAAAUAAAUAAAUAAACCAGGUGUCACUGGAAAAUCCCUCCCUCCUUCCUUCCUCUGUCAUCUCUGGCUUACAGUACAUCUAAAUAGUGAUGUCUCUGGAUGCCCAUGUUAUACUGCUCUAGAGUUUUUCUGCCAAGUUCAUGUAUUCAACUCCAGAUGGUGACAUCCAUUCAGACAGCAGAGACACAAAGGCACAAGUAUUACCUUUAUGUGCUGUUGAUGCCUUUAAUGAAGAUUUUAAUGAAGUUUGAAGCGCUUAAUUGAUACAAUGACUGGAAACCUGGAUACAUCUAGGCUCUAAAACUUGCGCCAGGCAGAUGCUGGUCAUUGACCCAGUCCUAAGCCAUAGUUUGAGAGACUAGGAUGAUGCUGUCAUUGAAUGAGCACUGACUUGCUGUUUAUAAAACAAAAGUAAGUGGUAUUUAUCUAUUUUAAGUUAUGUCUGUGUAAACUGUACGGAUAUUGUUUCUUUUAUUCCUUUUGGAUUUGCCUUUUUAUCUUUUUGAGGGUUUUUCACUCUGAAUGUGGAAAUGCAAACCUUCUUUUCCAGGAGACAAAAAAUGAGCAGCAUUGAAGUUCAGCUUUGCUCAGUUCUGGGUUGACAUCUAUACAUCUACUCCCGCUUGAGUGAGAUAGCAUCACUAUAUACAAUGACACAACCUGGAAAAAUGCCUUUUAAGAUUUUUUGGAUAUUUUUACUUCAGGUAGAUUUUUUACUUUUGUUUUUUCUAUGAAGGCCUUUUGUAUUCUGUAGUCCUAUCAGUCCUAAUUCAUACAAACCACAUGGUUCCCAGCCAAUAUACUAGGGCCCUUUACACUCAUUGCCAUAGAAACAUAGUGCUUACAUGUCCAACGAGCUGGCAACUGGCUCCUCUUACUGUCAGUAAUUCAGCAAAAAAGCCAAAUGACCAUUCACUAAACUCCUUCCCUGAGGAGUGAUCCUCCAGUCAAAGCUCAGGAGCUGUAACGAGACAGAGCACAGCCUGGCAGGGUCUGGAUUUCUCCAUCAUCCUUUACAUUUAAAGAUAUAUGAUAUAUUUUGAUAUAUUUUUGUUUUAGCCUCCUCAAAAGCAAAAAAGUAAAGUAAGGAAUGGAUUAAUGUGUAAUUAUCUGCUGGAACAUAAGUUGCAAUCAUUUGCAUGUCUGGCCAAGUAGAUUACUACCCACAGUAAUAACCCAGUUUGAAGGCCAAAGAGCUUAUCAUUGGCUGACUACAUGACUUUGUUAGGCCACAGGUGAUGUUUAAAAUAAAUUUAAAAAAAAUCUGUUCAUCUCCUGCCAAUCCAUUAUAUAGUAUUUUCUCACUUGUAUCUGGUACGGGAUGCCUUCUGUGUUUAGGCUAAUGUUUGCAGCUCUGUUCUGCUCCUUAUUCUAUUUCAUGAAGCUUACUCUACGGCAACUCCAACCAAACUUGUUAGCUGAGACAGUGUUACUCUACAAUUGCCAAACACAUAAUUUGUCCUCAGUCUAGUCUGUAACACUCAAAGUGGAAAAAAAAUAUGGCUUGAAAAUAUGAACAAUUAUAAGCUAAGCAAGUAAGUGAGUUAUGUUACAUAACAAUACGAUCUUACUGGUUUCCUAUCACCUAUUCAUAAGCACAAGAACAGUCCUGGUUUUGUUUACAGGUAUUCUACAGGAACAUAGGCGCUAAUUUAUGUUUUUGCUGGAAAGUGCUGCAGCCAGUUUGCUAUCAAAUCACCAUAUGCUGGGAAACAUGCGCGCUCAGCACUCUCUGCAGCUGCUUCUGGACCCAAGCACUUGCUAUCCAUAUACAGGCUUCAUCAAGUGGUGGGGAUAGGGGAUGUUUGCCACAGUUCUUUAGCACAGUAUUGCGUAUGUAGACAUCAAGUCAUUUUAAGAUCCCUUUUAAAAGAUUCUGCUGGAAAGAUUUAAAAGUCAACCUCAGACUGUGUUUUCAACCAACUAAUUACAGCUGCUCAAAUCUGUCAGCAAAAGCUAUUGUUUCAGGCAGCAAAAGUGACAGUUGAUGGCUAAAACUAAGAGGCCUUCUUUUGUUUAUGUCUCUGUGAAAGCAGGGGCCCGUUGUUCUGAAAAUUCAUUUUGAAACAUUUUGAAUCAUAGAUCUGCUGUGAGUCCAAUCCAGCAGUCAAACCUGGGCCAUCCAGAGCGUGUUAUUAACAGAUGUUAAUACGGUGUUCAGAAAGUGUUUUAAUGUAUUUUAUGCACAUUAAUGUCUGGCUUUUUUGUACAUGUUUUUUUUCUAAUGAAUCAGCAACUUGGUUUCAGAGUUGUUGGUCCUGAUGUAACCUAUGACCUCUAACCUCUCUGUCAGUCUCUCUGACCACUGCUCUUUUUUCUUAUUGCUCAGGAGUCUCCAGCUGUUAGAAGAUGUGGUAAUACUUAAUUACUUUGGUUCACAAGGCAUUUUCACAGUCUGACUGCUGGAGAUUGUGUGUAAUUCUGGCCAGUUAGAAUAAUGAAGUACAUUAUUAGCAAAUCGACUGGAUGUUCAAGAUUAGCGUUAGCGUUGCUUUAAAUCCUCGAUGAGCUGGAUGACAGAUGUGUAGUCUGUCAAUAAGACAAUGUGUUUUGCUGUAUAUAUAGGACUUAAUACCCAACUCAAAGGGUCUCAAGCCCCCAGUUUUAAACACCAUGUUGAGCAGGGUCAGUGUGCUCCCUGUUAUUGGGGUUACUGUGGGCUUUUUCACUGUGUAUAAGAUUAAGAGGUUGAUAUUUAAAACCCAGGACUGUUACAUCAGUAAGUACUUCAAUAUUAAACAUUUAAAAUGUGUUUUUAAUCAGCUAAUGUGAAAUUAUUGACUGCUGAGCUAACGUUAUGAAGAAGAAUAAAGCUGAAUGAAAGGCUAA